AUGGACUUCGUGACCGGACUGCCCGCAGGCGGAAAGUUGGAUGCGAUAUGGGUAAUAGUCGAUAGACUGACUAAGUCUGCGCAUGUCCUGGCUAUCAGUAAGAAUGAAAAGGCGGACUCAUUGGCUAAGAUCUAUGUGGAAGAGAUCGUUAAGCUACAUAGUGUGCCGGCCAGUAUAGUCUCGGAUAGAGAUGCACGGUUUAGUUCUUCUUUCUGGAGAGCGUUUCAGAAACGUCUCGGUACUAAGGUACACAUGAGUACGGCCUAUCAUUCUCAGACGGAUGGCCAGUCGGAACGGACUAUCAGAACACUCGAGGACUUGUUGAGAGCGUGUGUUCUGGACUGGGGCGGCAAGAGGAAGGAUUACUUGCCUUUGGCCGAGUUCUCAUACAACAACAGUUUUCAGGCAAGCAUUGGGAUGUCACCAUAUGAGGCACUGUAUGGUCGACCUUGCCGAACACCGUUGUGUUGGACUCAAGUGGGGGAGCGGAGUCUCUAUGGUCGGGACUUCGUGGAAGAAACCACUGAACGGAUUAGAGUCCUGAAGCUGAAGAUGAAAGAAGCUCAGGAUCGGCAAAAGAGUUAUGCGGAUAAGCACCGCAGAGAGUUAGAGUUUCAGCCCGGAGACAUGGUCUUCGUCAAGCUGAUAACCUUUAAGGGAAAGGAUAAGGCUGCGGCGACUGGGAAGCUAAAGCCGAGGUACAUGGGACCGUACAAAGUCCUGGAAAGGAUUGGAGCUGUAGCGUACAAGUUGGAAUUGCCACCAGCCUUGGUCGCAUUCCAUACGGUCUUUCAUGUAUCUUUACUGAGGAGACGCGUGACAAACGGGGAGAACGUUGUGUCCGAACCUCCGCUCGACUUACAGGAGAAUCUGACGGUCGAAGGCAGAAAUCUAGAAAAUGGCCGAAGGAACUGGUCCGGGAAGAUAGUUUUGGCCGAGGAAAAUGGAAGAAUCCGAAUGUACUGA